GUCCAGGGGCCGCGUAUUGAACAAAUCAGGGCAUCGCAUGUCUAAGGACUCUCCCUUCGAGGAUCGGCGCCAUCGCAGUGCACACGCCUCGAGCCAUGCUAUGCGGCCCCUCACUCUUGUACGCCCCCCUACACCAGCUCGAGCAAAAGACGGGUGUUUGACGGCACUCAAUAUCUUCUUCUUCAGCCCGCUUGAAUUCGAUGCGUCUACGAAUGCAACCCAGGACGACUGCGAGGACUCAGAGUUCGAAGAGAUGGAGCCUGAGCGCGCGACCUCUACAUUUUGAACGGGCACGCGCCCACCAACACUGCUUCGCAGCGCUCUGCAGCGGCAUAGUGAGAACAAAUGCGCGCAGAGCGUCGGCAGGCGCAGGAUAUAUUUUGGCAAGCGUGCGAUAAUACUCAUUACCCAACGGGUACCCCAGAGAUCUCAACUGAUAUGGUGUUUGGAUGCCAAUGGCACCGCGGUCUCCGAAUUGCCCAACGUCGGGCAUGCAGGGGUCGACCGCCAUCCCCGCAACACUAGCCACAACGGCGGCCACUUUCUCUCGAUCCUCCAGAAUAGAGGCCUGACCGCGUUGAACACCCACGGCAGUAGGGAGAAACAUGUCGGAACUUGGCUUCGCACAGAUGGAACAACGUGGAAACAUAUCGAUUAUUUUGCGGACGGCUGCAGGGUGAAUGUGGCCAUGGCGCCGAAGUUCUUCGGUCCCUUCCAGUUCGCAUUGGAAGAUUCCGUGACUGCCGUCCGAUUGAGGCUCGCAUUUCAGUUCGGUUUCGCUGCAAACAUUCUCGGCAAGACCCUCCCCUUCGGUGGAAUCGCGAGUUGCUGCUACGUGACCUUCAGGCUAUACAUCACACGGACGAUGUCCCAGAUCGCAUCAGGGACUUUCGCAUUCGAUUUCGCCGCCAACUACGGGCCCGAGGACUCCACGGGAACUGACAAGCAUAUUGUCGGUCUAGUAAGCAGUGUUCGACGACAUUCAGUUAUCCCUAUUCUCUCGAAGGCGCAGUUUUUGAUGCCGCUCCUCCUAUCUACGUGGACAGUACGAAAGCGGCCCCACAGGAAGACAUGACCGAUGACACCUUGGCACUGAGUUGACAAAAUCAAUAGUUCCAGAUCGCGCUUCCCGCAAUAUUGAAUCCAGUCUUGGCUGUACAGGUCUAUCCGAACGGAGUUCCGCAAAGCAGCGAAGCUUGCCAGGCACGCAGUGCGUUCGGGGAAACGCCAACGUAUCCGUGCCCUUGUUCCCGACGCAGAACGUGCAGACGCAGUGCGUGUUAACCGGCGCUUCUAUUUCAUGCUCAAGCGGCUAGCCUCCAAGCCCAGAAUGACCCGCCACCCAGCCACGGGCAUCCCGUGCUUCGACGACUCCGAGGACCAGCAGGUUCGGGCCAAAGCUUCAUGGGCCCUUUUUUCAGGCCGCAGAGUUGCCCAUUAACGAGGACGAAGGCCCCGGGCGCAUCCUGGUGGGCCCCGGCGAGUAGAUCAUUGGUAGGUGCGGCGUAGAAGAUGUCGCGCAGGCCCUCGACAAGCCCUCCAAUUUCAAGGGCGCCCCCGCACUCCAGUGGACGGACCCCUCGACUUCAACAGGCCCCUUUCAGGAUCCUGAAGGCGCCGUAGUUGAACUAUGGAAGCUGAGUGCCGACCUCGUAGGGGAAUCUUGGAUUCCCCCAGUCCGCUCAAGCUUUUCGUCGAGUUCCCCAACGGUUGGAAUGGUGAGGCGGUUUCUCUUCGAAGACGGCGGGGUGGGCGCUAAGGGCCACCGUGGGGUCAUCGAUCUCAUCGGGCACAUCGGGAAGGCUUUCGCGACUGCGACCAUCAUGCUGGGGCGUCGGUCGACGGCGGGCCGAUGUUGAACCGAGCAGUUUGGAGCCCUUCAAGGUCGAUCGACACGAGAUGCGAUUGCCCCGGUCGAUGAGAUAGGCAGCCAAUUUCGCGGCAAUCUUCGUCGCGCCAAGUCUGAGCAUCGAACCCUCGCUGCAGCAUUGAGGAACCUUGCGAAGGCCUUCCACUUAGGUAACAGAUCGUAGUCAAUCUGGGCGGCUCGGAGAAGCUGGCGCUUUCCCGCAGCGCCCGCUUGGGCGUGGAGGUUAAGCGCUGGCGCCUGCUAUAUGCUGCAAGACGCUCGCACUAGCACUAAUCCGGAA